UAUUAUUCCAUGUAAAGCUAGACACUUGUGGAGCGCAUACAAUUCUUACUCAGGGGUACCAUUACUCAAGGCGCAACUUCCAAGUUAAGUCCUCUGUAAUUGGAUGCGCUGACCUUUCAUUGAAAGGUGAUCACGUUUGUUCAGAAUCAGUUGUCUCUAUUGGAGUCGAUACUGAGUGGUCCAAAAGGCACGCGUGCCUAACCCGACCUUUUAGCCCAUCGCUAGAACGGGUAAUACGCUGGCGAGCAUUCGCAACCGGACCACCAGCCUGGAAAGGGGUGAUUACACCGAGGGUCUCGACUCAGAUCCAAGGAUGAGAAGGCGAGAAGGAUGGCUGGAGAAGUUGUACAGAUUCAGAGGCAUCGCCCUUUUAAUUGGCAUACCGCUGCUGUUGGUGGCCUUGCUACUGGUGGUGAUGCCACACCGCUCGGGGAAGGGCGUUGCCAAAUCGCUGACCCCCGACACAUUUAGCAGAGCCGCUGUAAAGAUGGACACCAUCCCAGCCGGCCAGGGCAGCGAAAAGUACUGCAUCAUCUUUGACGCCGGCAGCACCGGCAGCCGCGUGCACGUGUACAAAUUCCUACAGAAGGGAGGGCAGCUGGACCUGCAGUCUGACACAUUUGAGCAGCUCAAGCCGGGGCUUUCCAGCUAUGCAGAUGCGCCGGAGGAGGCUGCCAAAUCACUCAUUCCCCUGCUCGAGACCGCCCUGAAGACCGUACCCACCGAGCUGCAGGCGUCCACGAAGAUAAAGCUGGGCGCGACGGCGGGGCUGCGGCUGCUGCCGGAGGGCAAGGCCGACAUCAUCCUGGGCCACGUGCUCAAGUUCCUCAAGACAUACCCCUUCCAGCUGGACGACAAGCUCGGCGUCACCAUCCUCGACGGUGCGGACGAGGGCGCGUUUGCGUGGCUGACGCUGAACUACCUGCUGGGCCACCUGGGCGAGGCCGAGGAGAAGACAGUGGCGGCCAUCGAUUUGGGCGGAGGCAGCGUGCAGCAGGCGUUCGCGAUCAAACCACAGGACGCCAGCAAGGCGCCCCCCGGCUACAUCACCCAGCUGUCCGGCGGCGGCCGCGCAUACAGCGUCUACGUGCACAGCUACCUUGGCUUUGGGUUGAUGGCGGGCCGGGCGGCGGUGCUGUCGUGGGAGGAGGCCAAGGCAGCCAACCCCUGCGUCUUGGCCGACCACCAGGGCGCGUACGAGUACGGCGGCAUGAAGUACGAGCUUAUCGCACACCCGGCCGGCCCCACCUAUGACGCGUGCUCCAAGCUCGUCAAGGUCGUCCUGCGCCAGGACCUCGCAUGCGGCGCGCCCCAGCAAUGCGCAUUCAACGGCGCGUGGGGCGGCGGGGCGAAGCCGAGCGCGUUCUACGUGAGCAGCUACUUCUGGGACCGCGCUACGGACGCCGGCAUCAUUGGCGACAAGGCGGCCAUCACCUGGGUCCUCAAGCCCAACGACUUCAGCGCAGCCGCCUCCAAAGCCUGCUCCUCAUCUGUCUCCACCCUCUCGCAGCACUUCCCCAAUGUGGAGGCUUCUCAGGCGCCCUACCUCUGCCUGGACCUAACCUUCCUGCACACGCUGCUGACAGAGGGCUUCAGAAUAAAGGAGGGCAGCGACGUGUCUCUGGUGAAGCGCGUGAAGUACCAGGCACAAGAGAUUGAGGCUGCCUGGCCGCUCGGAGCGGCUAUCAACCUGCUUUGA